GUUAGAAGAUGCAAAUCAAUUUCGCCCUGGAUGUGAAUGUAGUGGAGAAGAUCAUGCUUUUCGGAUCUAUUAAGAGAGUGUUUUCACAGAGAUUUGCUCUAGCUUGAAUGAGAGUUCUGUCUUUUGCUCCCGAUGGUGUCUCUCUGGGUCUCCGCUUUGGUUCUCUGCACACACUAACUCUGCAUUCGAUCUUCCUGCCAGUAGUCGAUUCGCAUUUUAGUCUGUGUAGCACAAAUUCCCUUUCGCAUUCGGUUUGGUCCGGCUCGGCUCGGUUGAAUGUGUGCUGGAAACAUUUCGGAGCUGUUCUCGUCUCAUUCUUGCGGUUUGCGCACUUUUUUGUGGCCAAAUAGUUGUGCCUGUUCCUUAACUGGGUCAUCGGAUGGAAGUCCUACUAAUUUGUGUCUCCUGGUGAGUUUCAAGAAUUUCAAGUUUUCGUUCGGAAGUGUAGAGGUGUUCCCUGCUCUGUCAAUUUGCGGGGCUUUUGCAAUUUGCGAUCUCUAAGAUCGUCUGAGUUGUGCACUUCCAAGAGAAGAACCGCGGUGGUCUAAGUACACGGCAGGUGCUCUGUCUGAAAGCUGCCUUAGAGUGUGUGUCCGAAGUGCGAAUGGUCACUCGUUUGAUGAACCGUGCACCAUUCGUUUGUCCCAAAGGAAUAGGAUUUAAAUUUCAGCGUUCAUCUGGUCGUUUCGUCAGUCACCACGGUUCGAGGACCUCUUCAAUGAGAUCACGACCAACACUAUCAUCAUGUCACGUUUUACGCAAGAUACUUCUCCCUCCUCUCUUCGGAAUCAAAUUGAGUUAAAUUUUGCUGAUGAGCUUCUCAUCUUUCCUCGGCUCGAAGAAGAUGAUGUGGCUCCUCAUAACCAUGGUCAGCACAUGCAGCAACCCGGAAUUGGUGUUAAUGUGAUUCCGGGGCUUCAGGUAGAGGUCAGCACUGCGAAUGAGGAUGCUGUCAAUGAGCAUCUGUUGCAAAGCGAUCAACUGGAAACCGAUGCUGUGCGUUUUCUCUUGGGGGUCCGAAUCCGCAACAAUGUGAUCACUGCACAACACUUUUACCGGGUUCUAAAGAAGUUGCGGGAUGCGCUGUUCCCCGCGAAAAGGAUCAAGCACAUUCUCAAAGAGGAUUUCCCAGCCCAAGAAUACGAGAGAGUCCUUUUGCGGUUGGUGAGGAUAUGUACCACCCCAAGUAAAGAGAGUUACGAGGCUCGUGGUUGUGCUCACCCUAUAGAGUACGAAAGUGUAUACGAGGCAUUUCGGCAAAGCCCAGCGGAACUCCGACAUCCUCUUAGCUAUGUUGAGCAUAUAGACAACAUGCUGGGGAGCCUGAGCGCAGGUUUUCAGAUGAUGCAGCAAAUUGGGGCUGCAGAAGUCGUGUAUAUCGCCACCAAGGAUGGAGAAGAAUUUGUCGAAGGGCUGCGCUACUUGGCAGCCCUUCUAAAGCAACCCCCUGGUUAGUCUACCAUCUUGUAGCAUGUGAGGGCAUGGCUUGUGCUGCUCCAUCACAUGUCACAUUGUGGUAGUUCUGACUACCGGAAGCAUGCAGAAGCUCACAGCUUGUGGGUUGUAAGUGUCUUACUGUUGGGGUGUGUGUAGGGUUAUCGUUUCAUCAGCGUUAAGAAAACCCGUGUGUGUUAUAAUCUAGAAUCCUACCAAUCAGAGUAUUAAGUAUUAAGUACCAAUAUAUUCUAAUAAGGUACGUCAUCAGACAUAUUUACAUAUUUUAGUGUCAACAAGAUAAAGAAAAAAAAGAAAAAGAAAAAGAAGAACAGAACAAAUGAAGCUUGCUGGAAUCAUGGUUUAAAAGUGGACUUACACUACAGUUGAAAACAUCAAAAAAAACAAAACAAAACAAAAGAUGAAACAAAAAAUAAAGUAAUAUAUUACAUUAUAGAUUUAACAAUAUUUUGCCUUACCAGUUAUCCCUUUUUAACUAUUCUUUUUUCUUUUUAUUGAUUUUACCUACCUCCUUUCUUUUUUGCACUUCCACGUAGUUAAAUGCCAUAGUAUAUCAUUGUAAAUUUCUGUAGAAAAAUCUGCCUCGAUUUGUCUACGGUCCCUCAAGUACCCAUCAAUCUCAUUACACAAACAAUGAAUAUGAUCAGGUCUGUUAAUUAGAAUAAGUAGUUCAUUCAGUGUAGAUUCCAUUGUUGGAUUUGAUUGACUGAAAGGUAUGUUAUGUGCAACAGCAAAGUGUUAUUGAAAGACAUUUUCAAACACCUGAGAGAAAAGAAAAAGAAAAAAGAAAAAAGAAAAAAAAUCAUACGAACAGAUGAGGUGUGCAACAAUGUCUCAAAACAUGAAAAUUUAUUGAAAAUUUGAAGACGUUCAAGAUAUGAGGAAUAAAAUAUAUUCCAUUCAUCUUCA